AUGGCUGUUGUACAAAACUCGAUUGCUUUGUUCAAUCUUUUGUUGGAAAAGAACAUUGCUGUGUGGAGAGCUGGAACAUGUCUUGUUGAAGGAAGGCAAACGGGUCUUCUUGAAUGGAGUAUUCACCAUGGUCAGGAUGAAAUUGCAUCGAUCCUCAAAAGGUCCGUAAAACAUCGUAAGAACAUUCAAAUGUUGGAAGCAAUGAAUUGUAACCAGUUAGGAGAGACUGAAAUACCGAUGCAGGCUUUUGUCGCAGAUAACCAAUUCAAAAUUGGCGAUGGUUGUGGUGGUUCACGUGUCUAUGUUGGUGUCAUGAAAGAUGGAAGUGAAGUUGCUGUUAAGAGAACUUUAGUACAAAGUGAGGAUAAAACAGUUGAAAACGAAAAGGAAAUCAUGAGUCUCAUAGAAACGAGCCGAUGUCCAUUCAUUGUGAACUAUCGACAUUUUCACCGUGGGGACGACUUCAUGUAUCUUAUUCUUGAUCUAUGCGAAGAAACCUUGAUGGAACUUGUUGAUGCAUGCAGUAUUGAACAUCUUCAAGAGCAUGGUCCACGAAUGAUUAAGGAAAUUCUAUCAGGACUUGAAUUUCUUCAUGAUAAAGGAAUAUUGCACAGGGAUUUAAAACCAUCAAACGUCCUUGUUGACAUCGAAGGCCGCAUGAAAUUGGCAGACUUUGGAAUAAGUCGUGUCCUAGAAGACGACGAAACGACAGUUGAAACAGAUCCCAAAGGUACUCACGGAUGGAUGCCACCAGAAGUAAUUGAAGCAAUAGUGAAAAAAGAAAAGAGUCGUUUCAAAAAGAAAUCAGAUGUCCAGGUAGCGGGUAUGAUUGCUUUCUUCAUCUUAACUAAAGGUGAACACCCUUUUGGAUCUAGAUUAGAUCGAAUGAAAAAUAUUUUAGAGCAUAAUCCUGUCAAUUUGGAGAAACUUGGUGUUUUCGAAGCUCGCAGGUUUGUGUCUUGGCUGAUAAAUCACAAGAUUGGUGAUAGACCUCGCGCUGACGAAGCAUUGAUGGAUUCUUUUUUAUCAAGGAAAAGAAACAUUGCGAGAACUAUUCUGAAAAGUUAA